AUGCCUCGCCUUCGCCUGCCCCCGCUCCCAGGCCCCGAGCGCUUUGCUAAGGCCUUCCCAAGGACUUCGUCGCUGGCGCUCGAAGAGGGAAGCAAGGCUACUGGCGGCGGCAGUCGCGAGUCCAUACGUCGCAUGACUCUGGCCAACUCGACAAUUGCGAACAAGUUUGUUCGCGACCUUGGUAUCCGAAAGAACGAGCUUUUCAUCGAUGCGUACGGCUCGUGCGGUGUUCUCACCCGUGCACUCCUUGCGGGCGGAUAUGACGAGACCAAGCCAAGUGAUUGGGCCAAUGUGGUGAAGGAGAUUGGCGAGGAGAAUGUUGGUGUCAAGGCAGACGAGACCAUGCGCAUUAUGAUGGGCAAAUUCGACUUCCCACCUUGGAAUGUGGACGAGGCCCCCACGACCAUUAUCCCAGAAGUUCCAAAGGACCUCAACUUGCCCGUGGCUGUGGUUGCCCAAGAACCAUGGGUAUCAGCGCUCGCACGUGGCUUGGGUCUGCACCCCGACAUUGUCACUCCUUCCAAGUACGAGCGCGAGCGACCCCUCUCGGCGGAGCGCGAGGAGUCCCUCGCAGAAGAAGACAUUGUGUACCAAUCGCACCUCCAGCCCAACCUGCUGCUUUCAACCAGCAGCCCGUACCACUGGACUUCCAUGCCCCAACUCCUCUCUCAUCCCCUUGUGGCUUCCAAGAUGGAAGUUGUGGACCCCACCAAGGAAGGCCCGGCCGCCACCCAACGGUCGUGGGAUGCCCCGACCCCAAACAUCACCAUGGUCGCCACUCUGCCCGACUCGGUAUACGGCGAGCAGAUUCUGAACCAGUGGGUCUGCAGCGCCAUCGGAAGCGAGAACUACCCUCGGUCGUGGCUCUGGUCGUGGGGCCGCGUGCGUCUCGCUUUGAUGGUCCCCAAGGCAAUGUACGACCGUCUGUUGGCACAGCCUGGAGAGACUUGUCAUGGCAAACUCAGUGUCAUGGCCCAAUCGCUCUACCAUAUCCGGCCCCUUCCGCCAUACCACCACGUGCCCGACGCCGACAAGCCCUGCAAGAAUACCGACACCACGUAUGACCCCCUCGGCAUGAGUACCGCCCUGAAGAACAAGAAGAAUAGGCAAUAUUCGGUAGCGGCGCCUCCGCCGAUCAACGAGGUCACACAGACGUACAAUGACGACUUCCUCCAAUUUUUCUCAAAGACUGUCUACACGAGGAAGGAGAACCCCCGUCCACCUCUCCUUGGCGUCGAACUUGUUCCCAGGCUGCACUCGGUCAUCAAAGCUGAGCAGCGUGACCUCUGGGACUUUGUCCUGCGCAAGUCGUUUCUCCGCGAGAUCACCUGCUUGUCCGACAACCUUAGCAAGAUGGCGUUUGGCGCCGAAAACCUCGUCGACCGCUUCUUUGAGCCCGCUGGCGGACGUUUUGCCGGCCAGCCCAUCAACCCUUACACGGCGCUUCCUCGCGAGAUGACUAAUGAGCAAUGGUUGCGCGUCGUUGAUGUCUUUGACAAGUGGGCGUUCAAGCCCGAUAAUCUCCUUGUCGACAUCACCGCGGCUGAGGCCUCGCGCGAGAUUGGCCAGUCGUAG